ACAUUCUUCACGGUGGUUACAUGCUGACGAUGUGUCUUGUUGAAAUGAUCAUAGUACUUCAACUUGUGUGAUCUAUUCAAAUUAUCAUUCGAGGCAUCUAUAUGCCUUACGGUCAAUGUGCAAAUAUUCCGCAAAUGUCAAGACGCUAACAACUGAAAUCAAAAUCAAAAUGCCGUACCUAAAUCAGUAAGAGAAUGUCGUGCAUACCUAGGUCCUGUUUGGUGUGGAACGCUUGAGAUGGCGUGUGUCACGUUGAAAAGGAGCUUGGAUUUUGAUCCAUUUGGAAGUCCUGGGAGAUCUCCGAAGAGAAGGCGGUGUAUCCCCUUGUCUGUGACUCCAACUGCUGCUUCGGAACAGAAAGUCAAGCCCACACCCUUCCAGGCGGUUACGCCCAAAGUUUCUGCAGACAUGAUCGCGGCGAGCGUGCGAGACGAGAUCCGCCGGCUGCACCGGCGCCGCCAGCUGCAGUAUCACGGCGUUGACUCCGACAGCAGCAGCGACUCGGACACGCCCAGUCCGGCGUCGGCCGUCGCGCCCGCCGCCUCCGCCGCCGCCGGCUGCUCGGCCACCGCGGCGGCCACCACAUCUAAGGCGGACAAGCCGCUAUUCACCUUCAAACAGGUCGGCAUGAUCUGUGAGCGGAUGCUGCGCGAGCGCGAGAACCACAUACGGGAGGAGUACGACAACGUGUUGUCGACCAAGCUGCAGGAGCAGUACGACAUGUUUGUGAAGUUCACACAGGACCAAAUCGUCCGGAACUUCGAGAGCAGCGCGGCGCCCAGCUAUCUAUCUUAAUGUGGCUUCUUGGAAGAUCAGAACCAGGAUUAAAUAGAUCUGCAUCGUCGGAACUGUCUCUACCGUGUUACUGUGAAAUUCCGGUGACUUGACUAGUGCCUAUAUCAGUUGACUUUACACUGGCAAGUGCGUGGGUGCCAAGAGCGGGCGGCUGGGCACCGCCGCCGACGAACUCCGAGUGGCUCCCGUGGGUGCGGAGGUGAGAGAGUGCGGUGAUCUGCGCGCGGCGCGCACCUGCGCGUGCGGAGUGCAAGAGUGAGACCGUGUGCCAGUGCGAGUUUGGUUAACUCGUCUGGAAAUCGCCAGAGGGCAACGUGAUGACGCAUUUUGUUUGGUUAGUUUUGUACACGGCCGACCGCUCUGUGAUUUCAUGUGUAAAUCGCGUAGCUGUUGUUAGUCAGAUACCCUACAUAGCUGUUUAAUCUGCUGCGUAUACCUGUACAUAGUGUGUAGCUUCUCUGGAAGUGUCAGGCGCUGAGUUGGUGGUAAAAUUUGUGUGCUGUAGGACUUUGAGAUAAGGAUGGCAAAUUAACGUUUUAUUGCAGAAUAAAUCGCUUGGCAUUA